AUGGACGACCCAAGGACACAAAAGCGACUAAUUUGCAUUCGACAUGCCCGGAGCGAAGGCAAUGAAUUCAUGGCAAGACCUGGAAAUGAGUGGGGCGACGCUACAUUUCGUGAUGAUCCUGACCUCAUCGAUGCCAAAUUAACGCCAACCGGAAUGAAGCAAGUGCAAGAGGAAUUGUUGCCUAAAUUCCAGGCGAAGGAUGAUGAUGAUGAUUAUUACGUCAAACUACUCAGGGACGUGGAUUUGAUUCUGGUGUCACCUCUCACUCGAACACAACAAACAUUUCAGUACGGAGUCUUACCAGCAUUGAAGCAGCACAAUGGCAACAACAAUCUGCCGCCUAUUUUGGCACACGCUUUGGCUUCAGAACGAGUCUACACCGCUUCUGACACAGGUCGAUACGUACAAGAAUUGGCACAAGAAUUCCCAUGGGUAGAUUGGUCUAUUAUAGAAGGACAUACUGACCAAAAAUGGUGGUACACUGGCAGCAUGGAAGAGGAGUUCCCCGAGUGGCGACCUUUUGGGCAGGGACAAUGGUAUGCCGUACCGGGAGAACCCAUGCCAGUCUUUACCGAGCGCAUGAAAGCAUUAGAAGAAUGGAUUGCAGCACGGGAGGAACAGACCAUCCUAUUAGUAGCUCAUUGGGGGGUCAUUCGCUAUCUUACGGGUGGCUAUGAAUCCGCCAAUUGCGAAGUCAAAGUAUUGGACAACUGGGUGCCGUUGCACCAGCAAGAAGAACAAACAACUACUAUCGGUGGCUAG